AUGAAGAAGCAGGAUCCUCAAUCAGAUGCAGGUCCAAGCGAGAGACCGAGAAAACAACGGAGUCGAACUUUUAAUCGUCACGCAAUUCCGUCUGCCACAACACUGACGCAAAACUCAACAAUGCAGCGACCACUAAAUGAACCAGCGACAUCCAGUGCUAGACGUCCUUUGCAACCAAGCGCCAGACGUACUUCUCAAUUGGGGAUGAACCAACAGCAACAGCAGCAGCAACAGCAACAGCAGCAGCAACAGCAACAACAGCAACUACUGCUGCUGCCACAGCCGCGUCAACCACAAGCAGUGCAACAGCAACCACCAGCGUCACAACAACAGCGUCCGAGGCAAGAGUCAUCGGGGCUACCUAGACUGUCACGUAUUGACGAAGCAAUAGCAUUGAGUGACACAAGGCCGUCAUCGUCCAAUUUUAUAAAAAGAAAUACUAGCUCCCUAUCUCCUGGAAAUUCAGAAAUUAAACCCAAACCAUUUGUCGUUGAAAUAAGCAAUAUACCGCUUAAUACCACUGAGAGCGAAAUUGAGACCUUGCUACAACAGACCGUAAGCAAUGACAGUUUCAAGAUUUUAAAGCUUUUUACAACCAAGCCACCAAAAGUAGUUGUCAGAAUAGAAAAUUUAGCUGUGUGUAAUAACAUAGUGCAAGCAUUGAAUGGAUUCCAAUGGAAGGGUUGCACCCUUACAGCUCAACUUAAUCUCGAGGCAACUGAAAAGACAUCAUCAUUUCCGGGUCCUGGUAGAGGAUCCAUUGAGCCAUUCAACCCCAUAUUCAAUCGCUCAUAUGUUCCACCACAGUAUCGUCAACCAUCAUUACUGAGAAAAAACAAUUCAUUCUAUAGAUCUCAAGGACCUAAUGAUUCCACUCUGUCUUCAUUCGAUUUACGAAGAUCCACAACAGCAAGUUCUAGAGCCAGCAGUCAUGCUAGUUCCAUAUUUUCUAACUACAGCCAUAGACAUUCAAGUAACUUGUCGACGGUAUCCACCGACCUGGUGCCAGGAAAACAGCAUGUUCCGUCAUUUGUUACGAAUGCAAUGCAGGGUGGAUAUCAAACCGAACCAACCGUUGAAGAAGAAGUUGAUGGAAAUGAACCACAACAGGUCGAAGGGCAGGUCAGGAAUACCAAUAUUAAUGACACAUCAGAAGAGGAAUUUAUAGAGAUGCCCAUAGGAGAAGGAGACAAUCCUGACCAGUUAAUUAAAGUGAGUCCCACGCGGUUGUUUGUAGGGAAUGUUCCUUACUCCUCGAAUUGGGCUUCAUUGAGGAAAUUCCUCGUAGAAAAGGCGAAUGAGAUUGAUCCAAACAAUAGGAUAUCUAUACUACGUGUUGAGAUUCCAGUUCUGCAAAUGUCAUUUAAUGAUGGGUUAUUUUAUGGACAAGGUGCAAUGAACCAGCCUCAAGUCUUAUCCAGAAGUAGAGGGUUUGCAAUUGUAACCACAAAAGAUAAAGCAUCUUCAGAAAAGCUUAUAGAAUUAUUGAAUAAUGUUGAGUUUGAAGGACGCGCUUUAACGAUACGAUACGAUAAGUUUCCACAAUUUAAUAAUUACGUUUUACAGCAACUUCAUCGUACUCCGGUAUAUUCGAGAUCAAAUUCAAGUACGUUUGGAAGGCAAUAUGGCAAUUCUGAAUCAACAAUGAAUAAUCACCCAUCUUCUCUAGGAUACCAACAGAUGCGACCGGUUUCGUUUGUGCCCCAACAAGCGGCUCCAUACAUCACGCAUCAGAAAUUUGCCACAACCCCAACUGGCCCAAAUUUGUUAAGUAAUUUGGCAUUUGAGCGCAACCUGUUACAGCAAAAGAUUUAUUAUGGAAAUGCACCAAAUCCACAGCCACCAUACUCAGCAAAUACUCCAGUUUUACAACCAACUCAACCACCGCCAAUAACACAAUCACUGAAUAUCCCAAUGCCCUCUAGUCCAAACCAGAAUGUACUUGCUUCCGGGUAUUACUUCAUGCCGUAUUAUUAUCAAGCUCCACCUCCACCGGGAACAAGCAUGUACCUGCCUUAUGGAGUUCAGGUUGGUCUGGCUCCAACAUCGGCGCCUGUUCCGGCCCCAAUUCUGGCCCCAAUCCCAACCCAUUAUGGCAACUCUCAUGUUGGAACACCCCUGCAAAGAACAUUCCCACCAGGUGAAGCAUCCAGAAUGAGGAACGAUAAGGAAGAGCAACAACAGCAGCAGCAAAACACGAGCGAGCUUUUUGAAAAUUUAUCGUUAAGUGAUAAUUAG